UGUAAAAUGACAUUGAGAGCAUCCCGUUGAAAGUGAACAUAUUCAUUCAAUGUAGGUAAAAAGUAGCACUGGGAAAUUGCAACUUUCGUUAAGGAUCAUGUCUGAAAAACAGAAAAAUGCAUUAAAUAAUUCUAGCAAAAAUGGAGUUUCGAUUCCAUUAACUCCUCCAGAAAAUGAGGAGAUUCCGUUUGCUGAUGAUGACGUUAGUAAUGAGGAAAUAGUCAAAGGCGUUGUGGGAGAAUGGAUGCCUGCACCUACAUCACCUAUUGAUUGUCCUCCUGGAUUGGAAUAUCUGUGUACACUCGAUAAACUUUUCGUAGAACAGGAAGUUCAACUUUUAGAAGCCUUGACUGGAUUCGAAACGGCAAAUAAAUACUCAAUAAAGAAUGAAUUAGGACAAAUUGUUUAUUAUGCUGUUGAAGAGACGGAUUGUUUGACUCGAAAUUUAUGUGGACCAAUUCGUCCAUUCGAAAUGAAACUUUUAAAUAGUUCUGCCAAUGAAAUUAUAUCUCUUAGUCGUCCAUUACGUUGCAUGACUUGUUGGUGCCCAUGUUUUCUUCAAGAAUUGGAAGUUAUGGCUCCACCAGGAACAAAAAUUGGCUUAAUAAAACAAGAUUGGAGCAUAAUGAGGACAAAGUUUUCCAUACAAAAUCAUGAAGGAGAGAAAAUAUUAAGUAUACUUGGUCCCUGUUGCAAUUGUAAAUGCUGUAAUUGUUGUUGCGAUGUAAAUUUUAAGGUAUAUGACGUAGAAGGAAAUAAUGUAGGUAAAAUAUCAAAAAAAUGGUCAAAUUUAGCCAAAGAAGCUUUUACAAAUGCUGACGUGUUUGGCAUUUCUUUUCCUAAAGAUCUCGAUGUUACUAUAAAAGCUGUUGUUUUGGGUGCUUGUUUCUUAAUCGAUUUUAUGUUUUUUGAACGAUCUCCAGAAGUAAAAGAAGUAGAAAAAUAAUUGAUCUCACGUUUUACAAUAAUGAAGAUAAUGCUCUCGUUUGUUCUACUCAAUAUUUUGCUUAGCUUUUUUUAAAAAAAAAAAAA